AGCUUAGAAACAGGGCAUGUAGAUGCUAGAUACAGGGAAUACAACUAAAAUAGAAGAGUGACAGAGUUCUACAGCUCGUUAGCAGACUCUAUCAUGGAGCUUGUCAAUUCUACUGUUGUAAUGUACUCGGAGGAACAUGGCACCAAGAUGUUGAAGCACCUCCGUCAGCUGUGGGAUGACGAGCUGUACUGUGACGUGGUACUGAAGGUUGGAGACAAACUUAUCAAGUCCCACCGGGUGGUGUUGUGUGCUGGCAGCAGGUAUAACUUGUCAGGUAUUUCUCCACAAUGUUGACGUCAGGAUUGCGGGAGAGCAGCCAAGAUGACCCGAUAGAGAUCCAAACUGUUGACCCAAGAGCAGCUGAGCUCCUCAUCAAGUACAUUUACUGUGGAGAGAUCCAGCUAGAUGAUCAGUUGGUUGAGCACGUUUUGUACGCGGCUGACUUGUUCGACAUUCCCGAAGCAGUGAAUCUGUGCUGUAAAUUCCUCCUCCGAUCCCUGACUCCCUACAAUUCUCUUUACACGCUCAGACUUGGUGACAUGCACAACAACCAGGAGUUAUAUAACGCAGCUUUGACAGUGGUAUCCUCCCAAUUCACAGAGGUGGUGAAAUCAGUUGAUUUUAUAUCAGCUCCUCCCAACCAAGCAAUCGAUCUGCUUUCUAGUGAUGAUCUCAAUGUCAAAACGGAAAUUAUCGUUCUUCAGGGAGCGUUAGCAUGGCUGGAACACUGUGACCUGCUAAGAGACUGCAAACCUGUACCAUCUGGAGAUAGCAUGGAGACAAGCACAGACCAGGAAAAUGAAAUUGUUGAGGCUGUAAAGCCGCUGACGGCCGGCGAAGAGAGGAUAAGAAGAGAAAUGCUGGCCACAGUCAGAUACCCCCUUCUUCCCCGGUCCUAUCUAGAGGGACUAGGGGAUGACAUAGUUACCCUUGUGUGUAGAGACCAGUUGAAAGAUGCUCUUAGAGAACGGAAAUCACUUCCGGAACUAAGGAGGCCGGUAACAUUACGAAAGGGCAUGCAUUAUAACAAGAUUUACAUCGCUGGAGGGGCAGGAUCAAGUCUAGCGGAGCUAUCCCACCCGAAACUGAAGAUGGAGAUGUUUGAUCCAGUGCAGGAUGAGUGGGUUAAACAGCCGGAACCUGACUUCAUGUCAACCACCCCUCAUGUGGGCAGUUUAGCUUGUAUGGAGGACUACCUUUAUGUGAUCGGAGGUUCUGAUAACUCAGGAAAGCCGAAGAAGUUGGUACACAGACUGAACAUAGUGACUGGGGUCUGGGAAGCGGUUAGUCCUCUAAUCACCAGUACCACUAAACCGGGGGUUUGUGUCACGUACCGUGGGAUCUACGUUGGGGGCGGGUGGGACGGUACCAGUACUCAGUCUACAUUUGAGAGAUACGAAGCAUCAACUGGCAUGUGGAAAAAGCUGAGAUCAAUGAACCGAUCUAGGAUGGAGUUCCCCAUGAUCAGCUGUGCAGGAAAGAUUUACAGUAUCUGCGGGAAUACGAGCGACUACUCUAAUGUCGCGCAGUCGCUAGAAGUGUAUGAUCCUGUAGAUAACGGCUGGGUUGAGCUACAACCCACCAUCCGACCCCGGUGGUGUCCCGGAGCUGCUGCCAUCAAGGACUUCAUCUUCAUCUGCGGUCUUCCCGGAAAAGACAGGGCCGGUCUCAGACAGGCUGAUAAAAUGUACACUGUCGAGAGGUUCAGUCCAGCUACAGGACAAUGGAACAUAAUGCCAGCUCUCAGUAAUCCGGUAGGAGGGGCCUGUCUGGUUAAUGUUCAGGAUAUUCUUUAUGUGCUGGGUGGAAGUGAUGGUACUGCCCCUCUUGCUUCCUGCUCUACUGCUCAACGGUACGAUGCUGACGCACAAGCAUGGAAAAGUAUACCUCCAAUGUACCUGGCUCGGGUUGGGGCUUCAGUAGCAGUCACUGGAGUUAAACUUGAACGUUCAUAACUUCAGUUUUAAAGUGUCCAGUCACGAACUGUGGAGUGCGGAUAAACUUCACGAACGCAGAAUUUCGAAAAAUCGGCUGCAAUUGUACAAUGAACAAUGAACAUACUGAUACUGAAAUUUGUCACACUUUGAGCAUCCUCUUUAUCGGACGCUUUAUGUGGCAAUUCUGACAGUAGUGGGACUUAAAAGCAUCGUGAUUGUUGGACUACUAGUAACAUAAAAUUAAACACUUUUGAACUGACCAUUAUCUGUAAAUAAUAUUUGUUUUGAUUAAAUUAAAUUUGCCGGACAAUUCUUUUAUUAUUUUCUGCAUUACUCAUGUAUUUUUACAUUAUAGCUAUGAUUGAUCAUAAUUUGCAUCGGUC